AUGCCUUCGUUCCGGGAGUUGCUUCUGUCUCAACCUUACUUGCUUGGGACCUUUGUCAGCUUCAACGAUCCGUACAGCGCUCAGAUCCUGGCAAGAUGUGGGUUUGACUGGUUGAUGGUCGACAUGGAGCAUUCGCCGCUCUCGCCAGCCGAGAUGACGGCCAUGGCCCAUUCCACCGUUGCGGCUUCCGGGGGGAACUGCUCGCCCAUCAUUCGGGUGCCCUCGCAUGGCGUCGAAUGGAUCAAAUGGGCCUUGGACAGCGGUGCAGGAGGAAUCAUCAUACCCAUGGUGAACAGCAAGAAAGAGGUCGAGGCCAUCGUCCAACGAGCGCUGUAUCCACCCGCGGGCCAGCGCAGCUAUGGUCCUUUCCGCGCCCCCUUUGCCGACCGUCGAGUCACGGCCACCAUGGCGGACUACAAGGAGCAUACUUCGUCACAAGUGAUGGUUCUGCCCAUGAUCGAAUCCACCGAGGGCGUGGCCAACGCCGAAGAUAUCAUGCGCGCCGAUGGCGUUGACGGCGUCUUCAUUGGUCCGGUUGACCUGAGGCAUUCUUUGGGAUUGUCGGGUCCGGAUGGAAAUGAGCCUGCAUAUCUCGCAGCAUUGCAAAGGGUGCUGGAGCUGGGCCGACGUUACGGGAAACCUGUGGGGAUACUGGGAUCGCCAAACUGGACAGCACGCCUGGUGAAGAUGGGGUUCAAGUUUGUCAUGUUGGCUGGCGGAGACGCAGGGAUCCUCGCAGAGGCUGCCAGUGCUUUACUGACCUCGUCGAGGGAAUCAAUCCAGCUUCAGGCAUAG